AUGAAGGACAGGCUGGAGGAGCUCAGGGGACACCAGGAGGACAACGACGAGCUCUACCUGGAUGCGGACGUCUACAUCCCUGGCUACGCCAACCCAGCCUACAGCGAGGAGCUCCCGCCCCGGCUGCAGGAGUUCUUCACAGAUGUGUGCCGGCUCUCAGCCGAGCUGGACAAGCUGGACCAGCUCUCAGAGGAGAUCCACCGGCGGCAGGACCAAGUCCUGUGCAGCACCACCAAGGAGGAGGUGUGCGGGGAGAAGCAGGUCCUGGCUCAGCUGAAAGGGGACUUCUCCUGCCACGCAAGGGGCGUCAGGGAGAUUCUGGUACGUAUGAAGGAGCAGGAGGCUGGGGCAGGGACGGGGGCUGGGGCGGGGGUGGGCCCGCACAAAGACAGCGCCGAGGGCCGGAUCCGGCAGUGCCAGUUCAACGCCCUCCUGCGGCGCCACACGCAGGCCGUGGCGCAGCACUACACCUGGGAAACGGAGUACGUGGGGCGGCUGCGCGAGCAGAUCGCCCGGCAGACGCAGCUGGCCGGGCUGCAGCUGGGCGAGGAGGAGAUCCAGGGACUCGUGGAGGGCCCCCACGCCCUGCGGCUAGUGGGCACCGACAUUCCGGCCCUGGAGGAGGCCCGUCGGCAGCUGGCCCUGGCCCAGGAGAGGCACCGGCACCUGCUGGCCCUGGAGGAGCAAGUGGUGGAGCUCCACGGCCUUUUUCUCGCCCUGGCGGUCAUCGCCACUGAGCAGCAGGAGCAGCUGGACCGUGUGGAGUACAACGUCAUGCGUGCUGUUGACUACGCAGCCGAGUCCAUCCAGGAGGUGAAAAAGGCCCUGCAGUACAAGCGGAGGUCCCGGCUGGCCGCUCUCGCCUCUGCCGCCUUGGGCCUGUGCACCUGCUGCGGGUGUCUGAGCUGCAUGUCUCGGGGCCUGCCCUGA